CAGCAUUCGGCUGCGACGCGCUCCCAGCUGGGCGGCGGUGGUAGCGGCAGCCAGCGGUAGCGGCAGCCCGGGAGCGGCUGCGCGUUCGACUUGGCCGCCGCCGAGAGCGGCAGCGGGAGGGAAGGAGGGAGGGGUCCGCCCUGGCCCGCGGCCGGAGGGGCUCGGAGUUUCCCGGGGCCCAGCCCCCGCCGCGGCUCCACUGCGCCCUCCGCCGGGACUGGCUCGCAGUUGCCGCUGGCGACGACGCGCGAGAGAAGUUGGGGGGUCCCACCGGACGCUAGGGCCCCGGACUCCCGCGUCACUGUCACCCCGCGGAAGCCCGCUCCCUGCGAGCCGCCGCCUCGGGGGCUCCGCAUCGGGUUUCCAGACUUAUAGAAUGGCUAAGCAUUAGUGGAAGAAGAAGCAUAAAUCUAACAUCCAUUAUGGACGCAGGUUUAGCAGAUGGAGAACCUGACCGAACUUCGAUUCUUGGUGAUAGCAAAGAUGUCCUUGGGCCAUCAACUGUUGUAACAAACAGUGACGAACCUCAGCUUUUGACCCCAGGAAAGAUGAGUCAGCGCCAAGGCAAAGAAGCUUACCCAACACCAACUAAAGAUCUGCAUCAGCCUUCUCUUACUCCCUCAAGUCCUCACAGCCAAGGUUUUGAAAGAGGAAAAGAAGAUAUUUCUCAAAAUAAAGAUGAUUCUUCACUUUCAAUGUCAAAGAGCAAGUCUGAAUCUAAACUUUAUAAUGGCUCAGAAAAGGACAGUUCAACUUCAAGUAAGCUCACUAAGAAAGAGUCUCUUAAGGUCCAAAAGAAAAAUUACCGUGAGGAGAAGAAGAGAGCCACCAAGGAGUUGCUGAGUACCAUCACUGACCCCUCUGUCAUCGUCAUGGCUGACUGGCUAAAGAUUCGUGGCACUCUAAAGAGCUGGACCAAGCUGUGGUGUGUGCUGAAACCUGGGGUGCUUCUGAUCUAUAAAACACAAAAAAAUGGUCAGUGGGUUGGAACAGUCCUUCUGAAUGCUUGUGAGAUCAUUGAACGUCCAUCAAAAAAGGAUGGCUUUUGUUUCAAGCUUUUCCAUCCGUUGGAGCAGUCUAUUUGGGCAGUGAAGGGUCCAAAGGGCGAAGCGGUUGGAUCCAUUACUCAGCCUUUACCCAGCAGUUACUUGAUUAUCCGUGCUACUUCAGAGUCAGAUGGAAGGUGCUGGAUGGAUGCCUUGGAGUUGGCUUUGAAAUGUUCUAGUCUUCUCAAACGUACAAUGAUCAGGGAAGGGAAGGAGCACGAUCUGAGCAUUUCGUCGGAUAACACACAUGUGACUCUGUAUGGUCUGCUGCGUGCUAACAAUCUCCACAGCGGUGACAACUUCCAGCUGAAUGAUAGUGAAAUUGAAAGACAACACUUUAAGGACCAAGAUAUGUAUUCUGAUAAAUCUGACAAAGAGAAUGAUCAAGAGCAUGAUGAAUCUGAUAAUGAGGUGAUGGGGAAAAGUGAGGAGAGUGAUACAGAUACAUCAGAACGGCAAGAUGACUCUUACAUCGAACCUGAGCCAGUUGAGCCUUUAAAGGAGACCACCUACAUGGAACAGAGUCAUGAGGAGCUUGGAGAAGCAGGUGAGGCUUCUCAAACGGAAACUGUGUCUGAAGAAAAUAAAAGCCUUAUCUGGACUCUGCUCAAGCAAGUUCGUCCCGGCAUGGAUCUGUCCAGGGUGGUUCUUCCUACAUUUAUCUUGGAGCCCCGUUCUUUCCUGGAUAAACUUUCAGAUUACUACUACCAUGCAGAUUUCCUGUCUGAAGCUGCUCUUGAAGAAAAUCCGUAUUUCCGUUUGAAGAAAGUCGUGAAGUGGUAUUUGUCAGGAUUCUAUAAGAAGCCAAAGGGACUGAAGAAACCAUAUAAUCCUAUACUUGGUGAGACUUUCCGUUGUUUAUGGACUCAUCCCAGAACAAACAGCAAAACUUUCUAUAUUGCUGAACAGGUGUCCCAUCACCCACCAAUAUCUGCCUUUUAUGUUAGUAACCGGAAAGAUGGAUUUUGCCUUAGUGGUAGCAUCCUGGCUAAGUCCAAGUUUUAUGGAAACUCAUUAUCUGCAAUACUAGAGGGAGAAGCACGGUUAACCUUCCUGAAUAGAGGUGAAGAUUAUGUAAUGACAAUGCCAUAUGCUCACUGUAAAGGAAUUCUUUAUGGCACAAUGACACUGGAGCUUGGUGGAACCGUCAAUAUUACCUGUCAAAAGACUGGAUACAGUGCAGUACUUGAAUUUAAAUUAAAGCCAUUUCUAGGGAGUAGUGAUUAUGUUAAUCAAAUAUCAGGGAAACUUAAAUUGGGAAAAGAAGUCCUAGCUACUCUGGAAGGCCAUUGGGAUAGUGAAGUUUUCAUUAAUGACAAAAAGACUGAUAACUCUGAGAUCUUCUGGAAUCCAACCCCUGACAUUAAACAGUGGAGAUUAAUAAGACACACUGUAAAAUUUGAAGAACAGGAUGAUUUCGAGUCAGAGAAACUCUGGCAGCGAGUAACAAGAGCUAUAAAUGCCAAAGACCAAACAGAAGCUACUCAAGAAAAAUGUGUUUUGGAAGAAGCUCAAAGACAAGCUGCCAGAGAUCGAAAAACAAAAGGUGAAGAGUGGGCUUGUAAGUUAUUUGAACUUGAUCCACUCACAGGAGAAUGGCACUAUAAGUUUUCAGAUACCCGACCAUGGGACCCACUUAAUGACAUGAUACAAUUUGAAAAAGAUGGAGUUAUCCAGACCAAAGUGAAACAUCGCACUCCAAUGGUUAGUGUUCCAAAAAUGAAACAUAAACCAACAAGGCAACAGAAGAAAGUGGCAAAAGGUUAUUCUUCCCCAGAACCAGACAUCCAGGACUCAUCUGGAAGUGAAGCUCAAUCUGUAAAACCAAGUACACGAAGAAAGAAGGGGAUUGAACUGGGAGACAUUCAAAGUUCCAUUGAGUCUAUAAAACAAACACAGGAAGAAAUUAAAAGAAAUAUUAUGGCUCUUCGAAAUCAUUUACUUUCAAGUACACCUGCUACAGAUUAUUUUCUGCAACAGAAAGACUACUUCGUCAUUUUCCUUCUGAUUUUGCUUCAAGUCAUAAUAAACUUUAUGUUUAAGUAGAAGUUCUCAACAGUUGAAUCAAUGAACUGGAAAGGUCACAUUUGACCUGGGACCAAUGUUCAAAUUCAUUUAUUCAAGCAUCACAAUAUUUCUGAAUCAAACAAAGUUAGGAGAUAAAUGUAGAAGUGUCUGCCUACUUUUCAUGUCUUUUAUCCUUAACUCAAAGCAAGAGCUAUUCUAUUUGGUUAUUAAAAUCAGCUUGUGUUAAGUGCCAGAACACUUUUAUGAGACUGUGCCUACAUGUGAGUAUAAUAAAUCCACGUGUGUAUAUAAGAACUCUUACCUGACAGUAGUUUCUGUAUUCUGCAGUAUGUUAUGAAAUAUUCUGAUACCAUCGUUCGUAACAAAAAUGCUGUCACUCUUAUAAAUAUAUGUAUAGUCAACUGUUUUCUUCACAAGACUGGCAUACAAUGUUCAUUAAGGAAUUACUGUGGAGAAAUGUUAGAUAAUAGAUAUAUUAUGAAUAAUUCGAUAUGUUUUACUGUCAAAUCCAUCUCCCAGGUGUUUAGCUCAGUUGUCUUCUUAGAAACACCGAGAAAAAAGCGUGAGUGAUCAGAUAUAAUAUAUUGUAAGGGGCAAGUAGAACAAUUUUAAGAGUUUACACAAGAUUUUCUAACCCCUAGGACUUAAUGUUAUAGGUGAAUACAUAUUUCUAUAUAUGAAUAAUAAAGACUGGUAUGCAGCCACAUGGAUCUAUAUGUUACAAUCCCACCUUAAGCACUUGCUGGAAACAGAAUGGUCAGAGGUGUUUAUAGGGUGUGUGAAAUCCUGAUAAUUUGGUGUUUUCUGUAUACAAACCAUUUUAGCUUUCAUUUGGACGCUGGAGUGUUCAGUGAGUAAAUAGAGAAAGUUUCUAAUUCAUAAUUUACUUCAAAAGUAAAAAAAAAAAAAGCGGUAAGAAAAGACACUGCAGUGGCCUUUAUUCUGAGACAUUCAAAUCAGUUUGCUUAAAUGUACAAUAAGUUGAGCAUUGGAGAAUAUCAGGUUAUGAAGCUUAUUAUCUCCUUUCAUUGUCCUGUGGAAACCACAGUUUUACACAAUUCCUUCUGUUCAAACUCAGGCAAAAUUUGUUCCUAAGGGAUUUUGCCUAUUUUUUCAGUUUAAUACUGUGUUUUUACAUAAAUAUUUAUUAUUGUCAAAAACUUCGUUAAAAGGCAAUUAAGUUUUGAAACAUUUCAUGAAAUUUACAUUCCUCAAACUACAGGUUUUAGAAGGGUUUAUACAUUGUGAAAAACUAAGAAAGAGCUGUUGGUCUGGCUACAUCUGCCUUCAACUAGGAAGAAACUGAUGAGAUACAAGUAAAACUACAGUCAGCUUUAUGCUGUGAGGAAUACAAAACCAAGAGAUCACUGCUACAUUGCUAAAACCGAAAGUCCCUUCUUUCAAACGAAUAUAACUAUAUUGAGUAUCCUUAGGUUCCUAUGAAAAGCCAUUUCCCAUGUGGUGUUAGCAAAAAAAAAUAAAAUAAAAUAAAAAUGCUGUAUUUCAUAUGAAAAUAUUUUAAACCUUUAACAGCAUAAGCAAGAUGUACCUGUAUCCAGUAUUUCAUUAUUAUGGAGUUUUGGGUUAUAUUUCAUAUUUGUCAAUAUAUUUUUUGUAUUCAUAUUCUACCAAUAUUAUGCUCAACUGCCUAUUAUUCAUUGAUGUGAUUUUUGUAAAUAUUGUACAACUUGAUCUUUAUAUGAUUUUAAAUUAGUAUUAAUUUAUAUUAUAUAUAACCUGAUUGGUUGAUCACUAGAAGCCGUUUCAUUGUUAAGCCCUGAGAUGUUAAACUGUUGGUGACCUGCCUUAGGGCUCCUUCUUAAUCCUUUGUGGUGUUUCUUGUGAUCUGAACAGUGCUUUAUUUGUAUUGAUACCCGACACUAGAAAGGUAAUUGGGGUUUUUUUUUUUUUGUUUAUUUUUGUUUUGUUUUUGUUUUAAUUUCACUUUAGAGCUAAUUUUAAUGGAUCCUUACCCAAAGAAUCAGAAACUAAUCAACAGGGUGACUAUUUCUUAUACACUAAAAGCUUAUGUUCAAUUGAAUGCCUGUCUGACACUUUUAGUUGUAUGAGUUUCUUUCUGUGAACUGAACACAAAACUCAGGAAUUGGUGGCUUCAUAUGUAAGUCCUUUAAACAACAUAUAAUUGAACUUGAGUUUAGAUAGACUGUGAUGACUUUGAACAUUCUGAUCUGAGGGUUAUCUAAAUGGAUUCAUAAUGGCUGUGACUCAGUGUUCCAAACUGUCUGCACAUGCCAUGCGGUUUCUAGGGCUUUUUGACUAUGACCAGUUUUCUUCAUCAGAAAUUUUAUUUUUUCACAUAAAAUUUAGAUAAGUAAUAAUAAUUACUGGUAUUUUCAUUUUUCAGUUGCUAAAUGUCUUCAGUUGUCAUCCACUUAGUGAGUCGUUGCUGGCUAGGAAAAUAUAGUAAUAAACAUCUGAGGUGUUGGUGUGCUACAGCAAUAGAUACUUGUCAUUUCUAUCUCUACUUUCUGAGUAUGGCUUAGAAAGGCACAGUGGUAAUCUUUGUCACAGCUCAGUUUGACAACUGCAUUCCAUUGAAAAGUUGGCCUUGUAAGAUACAAUCCUCAUUUAAUAUUUCAUGCUUUUGUGCCUUUAAGGAAACUUUUUUGUCAUUUUUUUGUUACAGAACUGUAGUGUGUUCUAAGUGUUUAUAGGCUUAUUUGUCAUAAAAGGGUCAUUUCUCUGUAUCACUUUAGUUCCUUUUAUAUAGCUGAAGAAUAUGUAAGUAGUAAUGCUGUACUUUUAUAAGGGUUUGUCUAGUUAACUAUUUGAAAUAUCUUCAUACUCAGACAUCACUGAAGUAAACCUGUUAGAUUAUUCUGAGUAUUAGUAAACAGUGCCUUUUUGAUGGAAUUCACACUGUUUUGGAUGUCAACAUGUGCCAUAUUCACAGAAUUUUGUGGAAGGCAGUUUUAACUUUUUGAAGAAUAUCUUCAUCAAAAUUUUAAAAAACAAAUGUAUAAAAUGUCAUCGUUUUUUCAAUGUUUAGCAUUUCUAGUCAGCAGUAAAUAGUUUUGUUUUACUUUUUUGUCUUAUUACAGGGAUGAUGGCAUAAGAUAAGCCAUACAUGAAACUGCAGAUUAUUUUGAAUUAUGUUAAAUAUAAAUAAAUAAAAUAUGCAUGUUUAUAUCAAAUUUUCUAAUUUGACCCAGUAAGAAGAACCUCCCAUAAUUCAAUAAGUUUACAUUUCAGCUUCUUUCUUUGACUAAGUAUAAAAAGAGAUUCUUUAAAAUGUGUAAUCUGCCACCACUGCAUAAUUUGGUUUCAUUUUGUUAUGUAUUGUGUGGAUUUAGUAUAUCCAGUUUUGUUACAAUUAAAAUACUAUUUUGUUACAGUUUUUAAUUGAAGAUGGACUGUUAAAAUUGUACAGGACCAGUGUCUUAUUAAUAAGAUUAACAUAUUUAGUGAGAGCCACAGGAAAACCUUGACAAAAGUGGAUGUGACUAUACUUAAUAUGAAGUAUUUAGAAAAAUUAGCCUCUUCAUUUAUCAUGAAAAUUAUUUUAUUAUCAUAUAUUGAAAUUCUUUAUUUGAAAAAAAAAUGCCAUGAAACAUUUGAAUUACAAGCCACAGAACUUCAGUUGAAUUUAUUUCCACUUUUGACAUGUUAAAUAUACAUUUAAUUUUAAAUACUUCAGUUAAUGGCUGUUUAUAAAAUCAAGCACUACCACUGGUCAGUUUUGUAUGAUAGGAUAUAAGUAUGUUAUUACCUGCAAUGUAAGUAUAACACGCUGUUGAAUUCUUUUAAGGUGCAUAGUAAACGUAUAGAUAGUCACAGGCGGUUUUGUAAUGUAUACAUUUCUAAUCUAUUAUUCCUAACCUGUUAUGUUUGCAGAGAGAAAAGAAUUUUUCUAAUGAUCUGUAAAAUUAUGUUAACCUCUACAAGUAGGUAUUCUAAAUAAACUUUUUUUAAAAAGAACAA